AUGCACUCAGGCUCCAUGUCUCUUCUGGGCUACCCGGGGGCUUGCAAUGCCACAUCCUAUAGAACUCACUGUUAUAUCCCAGUGGCUCUUUCUCUUUGCUCCAGUAAUAUAAGCCCUACCUUUGGAUGCUGCUUACCCAGUACCUACCAAGGAAAUCUCUGGCUCCUGGAUCCCUGCCAAGAAUCCUACUAUGAUGUACCAAGCUGUGAAUCUUCCAGCUGUGAGCCCAAGACCUGCACCACAAGCUGUGAUCCACCAAACUCCUGUGUGCCCAGCAACUACCCAUCAGCGGGUCAAGUCGUCAGUGCCUGUGAAACGAUUAACAUCAGCCCCAGCACCAGCUGCAACCCAUGCACUCAGACCGAGGGGUAUGUAUACAACUGCUAUACACCCACUCAGUGUGAAUCCAAAGCCUGCCAGACCAUUCGCAGUGGCUCCAACUGCUCUGGGCAGCUUAACUGCUUCUCCAAGAGUCUCCAACCCCUAAACUACUGUAGACUGGGUAGUUUGAGGUGUAGAAGCUACCAAAAUCUUGGAUUCAUACCCAGUGGCAACUCAUCAUCCUACUAUGUUGCCAACAGCUGCCAACCCAAAAGGUAUUUAAUAAGAAAUUGCCAAUAUCCAAGUUAUGGGCUUAUGAGCUACCAACCACUGAGCUAUUUCUCUAGAAACUUCCCAUCUCUGAGUUGUAUACCCAGGACCUUUCCACCUCUGAGGUAUUUAUUCAGUGGUAGCAGACCUCUGCAUUGCUAUUGA